UAAAAAAUCAAAAUUUUCUUUUCAUACAAUCUUUGAAAAUGGAUAUGUUACCAAAAGAAAGUGCAGAAUUUGUCAUGUCUGUAGCGGAUCAUGUAACAAUCAAUACGAAUGCUGUCAAAGAAUUAGCAACAAAAUUGAAAGAAUCGGUGGCAUUAAAUGAAUAUGACCUGAAAAAAUGGAAAUCGGAUAAUCCAUUACAUCCACAGGAAAUGAUAGAUAAAUCUAUUGAUCAAAUAUUCUUCAUCGAUAGUUUGAAUUUUUCUUUCUGGCCCGAUGAGAAUCAGGAUUUUUCUAUCGAAGGUGAAAUUGGAUAUUGGGCACUUUGUGCUGCUGUUAAACGAGCAUUAGAUGAGAAAAUUCCGUUGACUAAUAGUGAAUACUAUAGCCAUAUGGAGUUGCAACAAUUACGGUAUUUAUUCCGUACUGACAAUGGAAUCGACAUACCAAUGCUCAAAGAACGAGUAUCCAUAUUGAAUGAAAAUGGUGCUAUUCUUAUGAAGCAUUUUAAUGGUUCAUUCGUCAAUUGCAUUCGCGCAAUUAAUUGCAGUGCUAUCAACCUUUUAAAAUUGAUCUACGAAUAUUUUCCUUCGUUCAGAGAUGAAGUGAUAUACAAAGGAAAAAAUGUUACAUUUUUGAAAAGAGCACAGAUUUUGAUUGCAGAUAUUUGGGGCUGUUUCGAGGGCAAAGGAUUAGGUCGAUUCGAUGAUAUAGAUCAAUUAACCAUGUUUGCCGAUUAUCGUAUACCACAGGUUUUGCAUUAUUUUGGUGUGUUAAAAUAUUCGACUAUUUUAGCAGAAAAAUUACAAGAAAAUAAUUUACUUGUAAAUGGCCAUCCAUUUGAAGUGGAAAUUCGUUCAUCAUCCAUACAUGCUAUCGAAAUGGUCCGUGAACAAUUGUCAUCAAUGAUCGAUGAUGAUUCGAAUGCACCAAAUUCAAUACAAAUUGAUUUCUAUCUAUGGGGUUAUAGGCGAACCAAUAGUGAACAAAUUGAUGGUCAACGUUCACCAUUCCAUCGAGUACGUUGUAUUUAUUAUUGAAAAAAAAAUUCUUAAUUUAUCAUUUGAUAAAAAAUGAAAUAAAAUUAAUUAAAAAA